CAAACGAGGUGGAUAAUUAUCCAACUUGGGUUUCACAGAAGGCAGAUAUGUACUAUAUCCACAUUCGGUGAUAUCACGAAGAAACAAAGGAAAAUAGUAGAAAUAUCAAUGACAUGUACAAAUUAUAAUAAAAAACGAUAUAUUCCACCUAUAAAAUGCCUAAAUAGAUGAGCCAUUGCUACCAAGAAACCACGAAGAUGGAAACAGUGGAGCAAAAAUGCCAAAUUAAUGUCGAAAAGAAGAAGGGAGGCUUUGUCACCAUGCCUUUCAUCUUUGCAAAUGAAAUAUGUGAGAAAUUGGCUGUCGUCGGGUUUAGUACAAACAUGAUAAGCUACUUGACAAGUCAGCUACACUUACCUCUUACUAAGGCAGCCAAUACACUAACAAAUUUUGGAGGCACAGCCGCCAUGACUCCUCUGGUCGGCGCCUUCUUAGCCGACUCCUUUGCCGGAAGGUUUUGGACCAUCACGAUUGCUUCCAUAAUUUACCAAAUAGAAGCGAACUCAGGCCAGCUGGCAAUCCUCUACAUUUCGCUCCUACUGACGGCCUUGGGCUCGGGGGGCAUCCGACCCUGCGUAGUCUCGUUCGGUGCCGACCAAUUUGACGAAAAUGACCCUAAGCAGAAAACGUCCACUUGGAAAUUCUUCAAUUGGUACUAUUUCUGCAUGGGGGCUUCGAUACUGGUGGCGAACACGGUCAUCGUGUACGUUCAGGACAACAUUGGGUGGGGUUGGGGGUUAGGUAUACCCACCGUAGCCAUGGGCAUUUCGGUAAUUGCGUUCGUGUUUGGGUACAAUUUGUACCGAAAGCUUGACCCGGCGGGCAGCCCGUUUACCCGCCUGGCCCAGGUGUGUGUGGCCGCGUAUAAGAAGAGGAAGUUGGCCAUGGUUUCCGACCCCAAAUUGUUGUACGAAAAUGACCAACUCGAUGAGGCGAUUUCUUUGGGCGGCAAGCUUCUUCAUACUAAGAGUAUCGGCCGCGCCCGCCCUAACGGCCAUCGUGGCCGACCGAUGGCGUUAAGGUUGAAGAUCAACUAUGGGCGAGGGUUCCUGGACAAGGCGGCCAUCGUGACCCCUGACGACAACCCUAAAUCCCCCGACCCAUGGGCCCUCUCCACCGUCCACCGCGUAGAGGAGUUCAAGUCCAUCCUCCGCAUGGGCCCCAUCUGGGCCGCAGGCAUCCUUCUAAUCACCGCCUACGCCCAACAGAACACCUUCUCGCUCCAGCAGGCCAAGACCAUGGACCGCCACCUCACCCCCACCUUCCAAAUCCCACCCGCAUCCAUGUCCGUCUUCACCUACGCAUCCAUGCUUGCCACCAUCCUCCUCUACGACCGCAUCUUCGUCCGCGUGGCCCGCCACUUCACGGGUCUCGACCGCGGGAUUUCCUUCCUCACCCGCAUGGCCAUAGGCCUCCUCAUAUCAAUCCUCGCCACCUUAGCCGCGGGCUUCGUCGAGCUCCACAGAAAGGACGUGGCCCGGGCCCAUGGGCUUCUGGAUCGGCCCGCAGACACGAUCCCCAUCUCAUUUGUGUGGCUCGUGCCACAGUACUGUCUGCACGGGGUGGCGGAGGCGUUCAUGUCCAUCGGGCAUCUCGAGUUUUUCUACGAUCAGGCGCCCGAGAGCAUGCGCAGCACGGCCCCUGCAUUGUUCUGGCUCUCGAUUUCGGCUGGAAACUACACGAGCACGCUUUUGGUGACGUUGGUGCACAGGUUCAGUGACUGGCUGCCAGACCGGAAUCUGAAUCGGGGGAAGUUGGAGUAUCUGUAUUGGUUGAUUACGCUGAUGCAUAUUAUACAUUUAAGCCGGUUCAGGCUCGUGGGGGCCAAGGGGAUGAGGUUGAGCUUAGUGGCCGAGGCUGAAGGG